AUGGUAACCAAACUGCAAACUAGAUUUCAUUCUCCUUUACACAUGAAGCCAGAUGACACCAAUCUCCACCCAUCUCGAAUAGGAAAAGAUUCCUACCACUGAAGUUUUGGAAAAGCUCGCAGAUUUCACGAGCGGAAGUUAACGAUUGACCCAGAUUUUAUAACUCCUCCUACAUCUCUUGCAAAACGAGCCACCUCAUUUGGAUUAGGACGCAGAUGAGAGCCAAAGAAUGACAAAGGGAAAGACUCGCCUCCUCCAACAACCUAUAACCCUCCUGGUUUAUUUACAAAUAAUUCAAAAACCUUGAACUUCGGCAUUGGGUCUACUGCAGAAAGAAUUCCUAUGAGGAUGCAGCUAACUCCAGGGCCAGGGUCAUAUAACCCGUCCUCUCCUCUAGGUGAGGGCUCUCCUAAGUUCUCAUUUAGACCAAGAAUCCAGCUCAAAGCCAAGAUUGCGUCGCCAUGUCCUAGUCUUUAUAGCCCAAAUUUUAAACUUACUCCCCUCAUCCUUGAUCGAACGAUUGACUGUAAAAAUUCCUAAAAAAUUGGAGAAAUUAACCCCAUCCUUGAUCGAACGAUUUUCAUAUCAUGCAAGUUUUUUUAUAUAUAUAAAAAUAUAUUAGUAUCAAAAGCUGGGAAGAUGUACCUAAUGAAGUUGUUUUCAGAGCUUUGAGACGACAGAAAGCUGCGGAUCAACCAUUCGAAGUGAUUUAGUCAUCAAUCUAUGCUUGAAAACUCAAUAAUCUAAUAAAAUAGAGAUUCUUUAAAAUUUAAAAAUUUUAAUUCAGUAAGGAACAAAUUAAAAUUUAUACAGUCUAAAAGGGUAACUAAUAAAUCAAAAUAUUAAAUAUUAAUAUUUUAUGAAAUUAAUUCAAUUUUUUGCUGUAAAAAUAAUUAUUAAAUACUUUUAACCCUCUUAUUUAAAAGUAAAUAAAAAAAAAUAAUAUAGUCGGUGUCACUAACUAUAUAUAUUUUUUAUUUUAUAGAAAUUUUUUUUCCCGAAAAUUUUUUUUUUAACCCCCAUCCUUGACCGAACGAUGGCGAGUCGUUCGAUCAAAGAUGGGGGGGGAGUUAUAGAAAAAUCAAAUUAUUCAAAAAUUGGGUUUGGAUAUGGACAAAGACUGAAAAUUGGCUCACGAGAUUCAAGCCCAGGCCCAGGCUCCUAUGAUGUGCUUUCAGGGUUUUCAACCACUCAAUCUAGAUUUGUCACACCAAUUAGAAACCAUACCCCAAUUCAUCAGCAUAAAAGGUUGUUAUCUGCAUUGGACCAUUAA